CAAAAUGUGGACGAUUCGAGCUUUAGGACUUGGGAAAUUCAAUAUAACCAAGCGUUCUUUACAUCAGAAAGUUGUCAAGGGUUACACCAGUGUUUUACGAAAAGACGACAUUGACACAGCAGAAUAUUACUUUGAGAAUGGCCUGAGAAAAGUAAAGCCGUACAACUUUAGCUUUUUAUUUUAUGCCAAAGUCAGAAUGUAUGGUGCCACAGUGUUAAAUACUUUCUUGAGAGAAUAUCGAGGACGCACAGAGGGGUAUUACCGAUAUGCAAUAGACAAGGGCAUGAUUACAGUCAAUGGAAGACCUACAACACCAGAUACGAUUUUACAACAUAAUGAUUUGAUUGCACACACAGUACAUCGCCAUGAGCCACCUGUGACGGAUAAGCCGAUUGAGAUUGUGCACGAAGAUAAAGACCUUUUUGUGAUCAAUAAACCAGCAAGUAUCCAAGUUCAUCCAAGCGGUAGGUACAGACAUAACACUGUCAUUCAUAUCAUGCGUAAAGAAUUGGAAAGUAAAGUGUUAUUUCCGUCGAAUAGACUUGAUCGAAUUACCUCUGGGCUCAUGUUAAUUUCAAAAAACCCACAAGAAGCAGAUAGGAUUGGACAAGAAAUGCGAUCAGGGCAGAUCCGAAAAGAAUAUGUGUGUCGCGUAUCUGGUGAAUUUCCUCGCGAAAGGAUUGUUUGUUCAGAGCCUAUUCAACAAUUAGCUUACACCGUGAAUCUAAAUUAUGUGCAUCCUCAAGGUAAAGCAUGUACUACCAUUUUUGAACGCCUCAGUUUUAACGGGGAGACUAGUGUGGUAAGGUGUAGACCUUUAAGUGGUCGCACGCAUCAAAUUAGAGUGCAUUUGCGUUAUCUGGGUCAUCCCAUCGCCAAUGAUCCUAUAUAUGGCUACUCUACAGCAUGGUCAGAAAGGAUCAUUCGUGGUCAAACGAUCCAUGACGUCCCAGCCAUGAUUAAGACAAUGGUGGCAACUGCCCCCUAUGAUUACAUGGAUGAUGACCCCACAAAUACAACUGUUGCACGCUGCCAAGACUGUAAUGUGCCUGUCCCUCAAUCUGAUCCUAUCCCCGCACAAUUAUCUUUGUGGCUACAUGCCUACAAAUACGCCGGUCCACAUUGGACAUAUCAAACACCUCAAUUACCCGCAUGGGCGCACGAUGAUUAUAAGCACGACAUUAACAUUAUCCCUGCCUCAUUUUAGAGAACUGUUUUUUAUUAUUAUAAUUUUUUUUCUAUACAAGUGUGGAUUCUUUUAAACUUAAUUGGUGGUCAACCGC